UCGGCGCACGCCGCGCAGCACAGGGGCGGGCUCAUGGAGGACGCGCCCAGCAACACGCUGGUGGUCCGCAUCGGGAUCCCAGACCUGCAGCAGACGAAAUGCAUGAAGUUUAACGUGGAGGCUCCCAUCUGGCUGUCGAAGCAGCGUAUCCUGUGCACGCUGAACCAGAGUCUGAAGGAUGUGCUGAACUACGGCCUGUUCCAGCCCGCGCACAACGGCAAAGCCGGCAAGUUCCUGGAUGAGGAGCGGAUGCUGAGGGACUACCCCCUGCCCUCCCUUAAACCCCUACCAUACCUGGAGUUUCGCUACAAGAGGCGUGUUUACACUCAGGCACACGUGGACGACAAACAACUUGCCAAACUACACACCAAGGCAAACCUGAAGAAGUUCAUGGAGUGUGUGCAGCAGAGGAACCUUGAGAAGGUCUCCAAGUUCCUGGAGCGAGGGCUCGACCCAAACUACCAUGACCCAGAGUCAGGAGAGUGUCCCCUGAGCAUGGCGGCUCAGCUGGAGGGCUGUGCGGAGCUGAUGAAGAUGCUGAAGAGCGGAGGAGCACACCUGGACUACCGCACCAAAGAGGGCGUCACCGCGCUGCACAAGGCAGUCCGCACCAAGAACCACACCGCUCUCAUAACGCUGCUGGAUCUGGGUGCGUCUCCGGACUACAAGGACAGCCGGGGCCUGACGGCGCUGUACCACUCUGCCAUGGUGGGAGGGGACCCCUACUGCUGCGAGCUGCUGCUGCACGACCACGCGCAGCUCGGAUGCGUCGACGAGAACGGCUGGCAGGAGAUACACCAGGCCUGUCGCCAUGGCCACGUGCAGCACCUGGAGCACCUGCUGUUCUACGGAGCUGACAUGAGUGCCCAGAACGCCUCGGGGAACACUGCCCUUCACAUCUGCGCCCUCUACAACCAGGAUAGCUGUGCCAGAGUUCUACUCUUCCGAGGAUGCAACAAGGAGGUCAAGAACUACAACAGCCAAUCUGCAUUCCAGGUGGCGAUCAUUGCUGGAAAUUUUGAUCUAGCGGAAAUAAUUAAGAAUCACAAAGCAUCAGAUGUUGUGCCUUUCAGGGAAACCCCUUCGUACACCAACCGGCGUCGCGUGGCGGGCACCCUGACCUCCCCACGCUCGCUACUCUCCCGCUCCGCCUCCGACAACAACCUGAACGGGGAUGGCGGUGGUGGUGGUGGAGGUGGUGGUGGUGGCGGCGGAGGACGGCCCUCCCACUCCCCCGUGCCCUCCCUGCGCAGCUUGCCGCCCCUGGCCCAACCUGGCGGCGGUCACCACCACCACCACCCCCACCACCAACUAUCGGGGGACAGGGGGGACAGGGACCACCCCUCGGCCGACGGUAGCCUCCAAAGCACCGGCAGCUCCCGAUCCUCACACACGCACACGCACUCGGGCUCGGCCCACGCGCGCUCGCCCUCCCUGCAGCGCGUCUCUGAGGAGCCCGACAGCAAGCACGCGCUGCGCCGGCACCCGCACGGGCACAGUCGUGGACGCCUCAGCCCCGGGUCGGUUCAGCGGGACCCCAGCCCUCCUCCGCCGCCAGCCCCCGCCCCUCCCUCCGGGGCGCGCGGCCCCAAACGGAAACUUUACAGCGCCGUGCCGGGACGUACGUUCAUCGUGGUCAAGCCCUAUGCGCCGCAGGGGGACGGCGAGAUACAGCUCAACCGCGGAGAGAGAGUCAAAGAUUAUGAUGAUAAUGGUGUGCAAGUGCUGAGCAUUGGAGAGGGGGGCUUCUGGGAGGGGACGGUGAAGGGAAGAACUGGAUGGUUCCCCGCCGACUGUGUGGAGGAGGUUCAGAUGAGACAGUACGACCCGCGACUAGAGACCAGAGAGGAUCGCACCAAGAGGCUGUUUAGACACUACACUGUUGGAUCUUAUGACAACUUCACCUCGUACAGUGACUAUGUGAUCGAGGAGAAAGAUGCCGUGCUCAAGAAGAAGGAGAGCGAAGGCUUCGGCUUCGUGCUGAGAGGAGCCAAAGCUGAGACCCCCAUCGAGGAGUUCUCCCCCACCCCUGCCUUCCCUGCCUUACAGUAUCUGGAGUCAGUGGAUGUGGAGGGCGUGGCCUGGAGGGCGGGGCUUCGCACCGGAGACUUCCUGAUCGAGGUGAACGGGGUGAAUGUGGUGAAGGUGGGCCACAAGCAGGUGGUGUCUCUGAUCCGCCAGGGAGGCAACAACCUGCUCAUGAAGGUGGUGUCAGUCAGCCGCAAGGCCGAGAGCGAGGUGGAGGUGGUACGCAAGAAAGCGCCCCCACCCCCUAAGCGAGCCCCCAGCACCACUCUCACCCUGCGCUCCAAAAGCAUGACCGCUGAACUGGAGGAACUGGCCUCGGCUAGGAGGAGGAGAGGAGAAAGGCUGGAUGAGAUGUUGGCUUCUCAGGAGGGCGAGUACCGCACGGCCACCGUCAAGCAGAGACCCACCAGCCGCCGCAUCACACCAGCAGAGAUUAGUUCCCUUUUCGAGCGGCAAGGUUUGGCUCUGCACGGAGCGCUGCACCCCGGCUUGGACCGACACAUCCAGCUGUCUAAAGCAAUGCCACGCACCAAGAGCUUUGGGGCGACAGAGGAGGACCGGUUGACAGCACUGGCGGCGGAGCAUCGUUUCCCCCGAAGCUCCUCCAUGACGGACUCGCUGAGGGACCCGCACGCCGCCCACCACGGGGGCAUGAUCCCUCCCCCUCCCCAGACCGCCCCUCCUCCCCCUCCCCCGUCCUCGCUCUACUACCUGGACACGGGUCCGCCCCCGGCCUUCUGCCCGCCCCCUCCACCCAGCCGCCUCCACGAACUCUCUCGCUCCAGCUACCGGCCCGGCUCCGAGCCGCGCCUGCACGCCAUCUCCAGCGCCGCCGCCGCCGCUGCUGCCGGUUACCACGGCGGCCCUACGCCCACCUUCUCGCGCUCGUCCACGUCGCCGGGGCCGCCCUUACACCACCACCCGGCGGCCUCGCACCCCGAGCGGCAGAAGAAGGCCCACUCCAUGAUCCUGCUGCAGGACUCCUCGGGCUCCCUGGGGGGCCACCUGCCAUCCAUGGAGCCCCAGGCUGACAUGCCCCGCCCCUCCAUGGCCUCCUCCUCCCAGGGACCGCCCCCGGAGAGGCUGAAGCGGAAGGGUGGCGGCGGCGGGCGCGUGAUUGACAACCCCUACGCCAACGUGGGCCAGUUCAGCCUGGGCAUGUUCACACCUCCCGCACCCUCCAAGCCCCAGCGCAGGAAAAGUCCGCUCGUCAAGCAGCUGCAGGUGGAGGACUCGAUCCAGGAGCGUGCGUCUCUGAUGCUGGGCACGGUGCACGGGCACCACCGGGAGCUGUCCCCCACGGGCAGACUGGCAUCGCACCACCACACCAGCCACACCAGCCGCAUGGAGUUCUACCAGCAGCAGCUCGCCGCGCAGGAGGAGGCCCUGCUACAGGGGCGGGGCCCGUUUGCAGCGGCCAUCGCCGGAGCCGUGAAGGACCGCGAGCGCCGGCUGGAGGAGCGCCGCAAGUCCACCGUCUUCCUGUCGGUGGGCACCAUGGAAGGCAGCGGCGCCCCCACGGAACCCUCGCCCUCGGCCGACGUGCCCUCGCUCAUCACGUCGCGGUCCGUGGACGAGCGCAUGCUGACCCGCGAGCAGGUCCCCUUGCCCCCACCGCCGCCCUCCCUAGCCCUGCGGCCUGGCACCCAGGGGGGCACCACCUUCAUCCACCCGCUCACGGGCAAACCCCUGGACCCAAACUCCCCACUCGCCCUUGCGCUGGCCGCAAGGGAGCGGGCGCUCAGCUCGCAGGUGCAGUCCCCCUCCAGCAGCCCCGAGCCAAGGACUACGCACGAGCCGGCGCAACAGCAGGGGGCGCUCUUCCACCCCGAGCACGCACACACCAAAGAGAGCGAGCGCUCGGCCGGGCUCGGGGUCGGGGUCAGUGUCGGAGGCAGGGCGGGGGGCCGCGAUUCGCCCUCGUCCUUCUUCCCCACGCCUGCUAAGGUGCAGUGGGCGUCGCCCACCUCGCUGCGGCGGGAGAUGGAGGCAAGGCCUCUGGUAGAGCAGGACAAGCGGAGCAUGCUCAUCAGCGUCAUGGACACGUCGCAGCAGAAGACCGCCGGCCUCGUCAUGGUCCAUGCCACCAGCAACGGGCAGUCUGCCUCCUUGGGCGCCGACGGAACGCCCACACCCACGUCCACCCGAGCCUCGCCAACCGAACCAAAAGCCGCCGCCGGUCCAGACGCCCCAACUACUACCCCUACUGCUGGCACCCCCCCACCCACCCCCACCCCCACCCCCACCCCAACUUCUGCCCAGCAGCGGCCCCCGAGCCCGGGCCAGGACAAGACGCUGGCCCAGGGCAGCUCUGAGGAGGACGUGGAAACAUACGGCAACGUGGCGCUGCCGGCGGCCAUGCUGUCGUCCAGCGACGAGGAGACCCGCGAGGAGCUGCGCAAGAUCGGCGUGGUUCCCCCACCUGACGAGUUUGCCAACGGCCUUCUGGGUAAAGGCCAGCUGCCGGCACCCACAUCCGCCCCUGGUACUUUCCCCACCGCCGCCCCAGCCACCACCACCACCACGACUACGGCCUCCGUUGCCACCACGUCGCCGACCACCACCAAACCUCCCAGCACCCUGACCCUGACGCCCUCCCCGACCCCCAGCCCCAGCGGCGGCGCCCCGUCUGUCUCAGGGAAGCCCCCCUCGGAGGGAGCGCUGCAGCUGGGUGGCGACGUGUCGGCGGCGGACUCGGGCGUGGAGGAGGUGGACACGCGCAGCUCCAGCGACCACCACCUGGAGACUACCAGCACCAUCUCCACCGUCUCCAGCAUGUCCACGCUGUCCUCGGAGAGCGGCGAGCCCACCGACACCACCUACAGCUCGCACGCCGACGGGCACACCUUCGUGCUGGACAAGCCGCCAGUGCCUCCCAAGCCAAAGCUCAAGUCGCAGCUCAGCAAGGGGCCCGUCACCUUCCGGGACCCGCUGCUCAAGCAGUCCUCCGACAGCGAGCUGCUGUCCCAUCAGCAGGCCGCCGCGCUGGCCUCCCACGCUGCCGCCGCCACCCACGGCUCCACCUCCUCUUCCGGCCUGGGCCUGGGGCUCGGCCUGGGGCUGGCGUCCGCGUCCGGUCUGUCCGGGUCGGGUCCCGGUCUGGGCCCUGGCCGGCCCCGCUACCUGUUCCAGAGGCGCUCCAAGCUGUGGGGGGACGGUGGCGGCGCGGGGGUCGGUGUCGGGGUCGGCAUGGGGAUGGGGAUGGGGCUGGGCGGCAGUCUCAGCCCGGAGGAAGGGAAGCCCACUGUGAUCAGCGAGCUCAGCUCGCGCCUGCAGCAGCUCAACAAGGACACGCGCUCGCUGGGCGAGGAGCCGCUGGGGGGGCCCGUGGGGGCCCUGGACCCCGGCAGGAAGUCGCCCGUCGCUGGCGCCAGACUCUUCAGCAGCUUAGGUGAGCUCCACACCAUUUCCCAGCGCAGCUACGGCACCACCUACACCAUCCGACCGGGCAGCCGCUACCCGGUAACCCGCCGCGCCCCCAGCCCCGGAGGCGGGGGCUCCCCGGACCGCUCCGACCCCCUGGGCGCCCUGCGGGGGUACGGCCUGGCCUCCUCGCCCCCGCCGCCCUCGGCCUCCUCCUCCUCCUCCUCCCCCGCCACCAUCCUGAAGUCCUCCAGCCUGUCGCUGCCGCCCGAGUCCAAGGAGGUGCGCUUCGUGAUGCGCAGCGCCAGCGCCCGCAGUCGCUCCCCGUCCCCGGCGGCCACCCCGCCCCAGGGCACGCCCGGCCUGGGCUCGCCGCUGCUGGCCCUGCGGCCCUUCCACCAGAAGCCGCUGCACCUCUGGAACAAGUACGACGUGGGCGACUGGCUGGAGAGCAUCAACCUGGGCGAGCACCGGCAGCGCUUCCAGGAGCACGAGAUCGAGGGCUCGCACCUGCCCGCGCUCACCAAGGACGACUUCGCCGAGCUGGGCGUCACGCGCGUCGGCCACCGCAUGAACAUCGAGCGGGCGCUCAGGCAGCUGCUGGAGAGUUGACACCCCCCCCUUGGACACCACCACCUUCCCUACCUUCAGAAUCACAGACCUCUCCACCCGCGACUCGCCCCCCUCACAUGCUCAGAAAUCACACACACACAAACACACACACACACAUACAGUCCCAACUCAGCCCACGAGUUACUCACCUGUUGUCAUUGGCUGAUUUUUAUUUCUUUUUUUCUGUUGUCGUCUUCUUUUCUAGCCCCUCCUCCAUUUCUGGCCAUCAGCCAAUCAGAGAGAGUUUCCCUGACUGGAUGUUGCAUGAAAAUAAGAGUGUUAUGGUAACAGCAGCUGAUGUUACUGCAUCGGAUACUGUAGCUUAGCAUCAUACACACUGGCUUUUAUCCUUCUCUUAUCUAUCUAUCUAUCUAUCUAUCUAUCUAUCUAUCUAUCUAUCUAUCUAUCUAUCUAUCUA